AUCCAAUCUACGGAGAAUCACUCCCUCAUAUAACCUAACUCUCUCAUUCCCCUCCCCUAACUCUCACUCCCAGUCAACCAUUAUCUCAAGAAUACCAAAAUGUCCCCAAUACCCACCACCACCCCCUCCCCCAACCAAAAAGCAUCAUCAGCAUCAUCAGCAGCAGCAGCAGCAGCAGCAGACGCCGACCUCGACGCCAUCGGCUCGCACUGCUCGCUCCCAACCUGCAACCAACUCGAUUUCCUCCCGUUCCGCUGCCCCUCCUGCAAGGGGACAUACUGUCUCGAGCACCGCACCGAAACAGCGCAUCAGUGCGCAAACGCACGUAUCUCGCCAUCACCAUCCACCUCCACCUCCAACUCCACAUCUACAACCCAGCAGCAAAAGCCCACCAUCUACACCGCAGAUCAAUGCGCACACAUCUCAUGCAAAACGCUCAUCAAUACACUCACCGACCCGGGCGUGCGGUGCGAUCAGUGCCGGAAGGAGUAUUGUCUCAAACAUAGGUUGAGGGAGAGUCAUGAUUGUCGGCCUAUCUCAAAUAAUAAUAGGAAUGGUGCCAGAGGAGGGAGUGCAGCAGGUGGAGGGACGGAUACAUUGAAGUCCAUGUUUGGGAAGUUGCGCGCUUGGGGGAAACAACCUACCUCCUCUACAUCGACUGGUGGUAGUAGUAGUAGGAAACCACCGAGCCGCGCGGUCCAACUGAAUACCUUGAAACGCACCGCCAAGGGGGACAAUAACGUUCCCGCUGAGAAACGGAUCUAUUUACAUGUUGUGGGCACGAGCGAGACGACGAAUAAGCCGGCGACGGAUCCGCCCAGGGGGGAGUUCUUCUAUGAUGAGAGGUGGAAAGUGGGGAGGGUGUUGGAUGAUGCGGCGAGACGGUUGCAGGUGGAGAACGUGAAUAAUCGAGGUGGAGGGGAGGAGGAGAAGUUGAGGGUGUUUCAUGUGGAGGGGGGCGUGUUUUUGGAGUUUGGGGAGAGUGUUGGCGGGAGGGUGAAGUCGGGGGAUACGGUUGUGUUGUUGAGGGGGGCGGGUGUGGUUUUAUAAUUACCUCCAAGAGGGAGGGGAUCAAUGGGGUGUUUGAUCUAUGGCGUAGAUGAGGAGCGGGGGGAGGAAAUGUAGAGUAUAUACCCUUGAUUUUUGAAUCAUAUUUGUCUAUAACAGUUCUACCUCUAUAUACGGAGUAAGUAUGGGAUGCAGCUACACGCUCAUCUUCAUCUUAAUCGCCUUAUGCGGCUUAUACCCAAUCACCUCAAACUCCUCCUCUUUCCAACCAUCAACGACCCCACUACCUCGAUCUUCCCUCUUGAUCCUCACCUCCGGAAACGCCACCGGCUCGCGCUCAAUCUGCUCCUUCAACGCAUCGACAUGAUCCAAAUAAACAUGCGCAUCGCCCAACGUAUGCACCAGCGUCCCGGGAACCAUAUCCACGGCAUGGGCCAACAAAUGCGUCAACAACGCAUAAGAAGCAAUAUUGAACGGCACCCCGAGCCCCAUAUCCGCACUCCUCUGAUACAACAAACAAUCCAAAUGGCCCCUCCCCCAC